AUCCUGUUCGAACUCCAUCCGGGAGACUGUGUUUGGUUGCAGGGUCCCUCCGGAGUCGGCAAGACCACCUUGGCCAUGUCCGUCGCGGACCUUGUUUCCGUAAACGUCCAUUGCAAGCUCCACAUGAAUGUGGAAUUGUCCUGGCGCGACGGCAUACCAGUAGCAGAGCACUGCGGCGUCUUGUUCCAAACGACCACACUCUUGGAUGACCUCUCCGUCGCCGGAAAUCUCGUCGUAGCGUUGCACCGCGAGUCCUUUCCGUCACCACAAGCCCGCGACGUUCGGAUCAAAAAUCUGCUCGAGUCGGUGGGGUUGGACUACGCCAAGGACGCCGCCAAAAAACCCAGUGAACUUUCCGGAGGCAUGGGACGACGCGCAUCCCUCGCCUUACAACUCGCCCAACGCAAACGUGUCAUUGUCUUGGACGAACCCUUUGCCGGACUCGACUACGACGUCGCUGUAAGCGUCGCGAAAGAAUUGCUUCGGCUCCGACAAACGCACGGUACGGCCUUGCUGUUGAUUUCGCAUGAACCCGAACUA